AUGGAACACCUUCGUGCCAAGUUCCGAGCCACCUCACCUCAUAUGUUCCUCGACCGUGGGAUUACUUGUUGGCUUAAUCCACUGGACUAUCUCAACCGAAAUACUUCGGAAUUCCCUGCGCCACAUAUCGACGAAACCGGUGCCAGGAUAUUCAGUCUUGUUGAGCUCUCCGGUUCCGAGCAUGCAGCGCCCGCUCCUCUUAACGAAGCCGGUUUGGAGGAUGGCGAUCUGAGCUCGCAGCAAUGGGUCGCCCCCAUAUCUGUUGUGGACAGACUCAGG